AGUUUCCUAAUCAAAAUCCAGUAUAAUAGAAGUUCUUAUUAAAAAUUAGAUUAGAACGAUUUUUUUCAAUUCUUCGAAAAAUCAAAUCGAUAAACGAAUAUAAUGAGAUUGUUGUAUUUGACCGUACUUCUGGGUAAUUUCAUUCUGAUUUCCGGUGAAAAAGUUCGCUAUGACAAUUAUCAUGUUUAUUCAAUCAACGUUGAAAGUGCAAAACAACUGAAAGUAUUACAAGAUCUCAAAAAUUCUCAUGAUGGCAUUUUGUUCAUGGAAACUCCGAUCAGUUUGGGAAAACCCAUUGACAUCGUUGUAUCGCCACACAAAUUCACGAACAUAAGUGCUCUAUUUAACGCAUACGAAAUAAAGAAUGAAAUCAAAAUUGAAAAUUUACAAACGUUAAUUGAUGCCGAACAGCCUGAGGUGUUGUGCUCAAGUUUUGAUUGGAAACAAUAUCAUGACACAGCAGCGAUUUACAAAUGGCUUGACGAACUAAUUAGACGACAUCGUAAAAUUCUCACGGAUUAUACGUAUGGCAGAUCAUAUGAAAAUCGCCCAUUACGCGCUGUUAAACUGUCGCAUAAAGCAGGAAAUCCAACGAUUUUCAUUGAGAGUACAAUUCAUGCUCGCGAGUGGAUCACAGUUGCCACAGCCACGUACAUUUUAAAUGAAUUACUCACCUCGCGUGAUGCUGAAAUCAAAGCACUGGCCAAAAAUUUUGAUUGGGUUUUUGUGCCGAUCGUUAAUGUGGAUGGGUAUGAAUUCGCCCAUACGACGAAUCGAUUGUGGAGGAAAAAUCGCAAUCCAUACUCUGACAUGUGGAACUGUGUGGGAGCCGAUUUAAAUCGAAACUUUGACUUCCAUCAUACAGAGGAAGGCUCAUCAACCGACUCUUGUGACGAAACCUAUGCUGGCCCAUCGUCAUUCUCAGAACCAGAAACACUUGCCUUGUCCAAAUUCAUCAAAACUUUUGAUAACAUCAAGCUGUACCUUUCAUUCCAUUCGUAUAGUCAGCUUUUGCUUUUCCCAUAUGGUCACUCAACGGCGGUGCACGCGACCAAUCAUGAUGAUCUGUAUCAAAUCGGGCAGAAAACGACACAAGCGAUCAAGAGGCGAUAUGGAACCGACUACACUACUGGAAAUAUUGCAGAGACAAUUUAUCUUGCAUCAGGCAACAGCAUUGAUUGGGUGUAUGCAGCGCACAACGUUUCUUUAACAUAUACUUUUGAGUUUCGUGACAAUGGUCAUUUUGGAUUCAUUCUACCUGCAGAUCAAAUCAUACCUAACUCACUCGAAGUGAUCGAUGGGCUUAAAGCGAUGAUAAACGAAGCGAAAUUACUCCAAUACUUGUGAAAAUUCGAACAAUUGAUUUCCACACACAUUUCUUCGAAGAAUUACAUUUGAUAUUUUUUCAUUUAUUUUUUUCCGUUGAAUGACGUCAGUAGCAUUCUUCUAUAUAGAAAAUAGUCAUCUUACUUCAAUCACGUUCAUCGAACGGAACUUUUUUGUGUAGUUUUUUUUUAUUGUUAAAAUAAAUAACCAGGAAAAA